GACAACUGCAGUCAAUGCCAGACCUUAGUCUGUUCCUCUUUCUACACGAAUUACUUCCUUGAAUUCACCGCAGUGGUCGAAGGCAUGCAUUCACCUACGCAGAAAGAACAGGAGGAUGUCGAGAUGCUCAUGGGCCUGAUGGGCAACGCGGUGUCCGCAGAGGUCGCGUUCAAGGUCUUGCGCAAACACAAAGGCGAUAUGGACAAGGCCGCCAGUGCCUUGAUUGAGGGCGAUGUAGGGGAGACAUCCUCAGCCAUGGACACACCGCUAUCCUGGGCAGGGGGCUCAGCUGUUCAAGGGCCGCGUACACCUCCUCCCUCCAAGCCUGAGCAAGAUGCUGCAGUCAUCGACCUGACUGCGGACGACGAAGACAAGGAGCUGUCACGGGCAUUGCAGGCAUCACUAGAAGACACAGGAACACAGUUUGGUCCCAGCAAUCGGGCACCAGACCCCGAUUGGGCUGUCGUUCCUUCCAAUGUCGCAACUUCCGGCGUAGACCCUCAGGAUGAGUCGCUCAGCCGAGCAAUCGCAGCGAGCUUGGAAGAUGCUCCUAGUCUGGACUACUAUGAGGAGUCCCCACUAGAAGAGAGACUACGAAAGGAUAAAAGGCCUGUUGCGCUUCGUCCGACGAGCUCGCCUAUGGCCUACGCGGGAUUGCUCCUCCAAUCCUUGUACUAUGUCCCGCAUCUACGUCAUGCGAUUGCGCGCUGGAGCCACAUAUACGCUCAGAAUAAUUCCCAAUGCGAAGAAGGGGAGAACGCAGCCAUGUAUGGCCCAGAUCUGCUAAUGUGGUCUAUGGGGGAGAUAUUCACGAACAUGGAACUCGCCCUUCUGAGCGAGCUCAACUCGGAUCAUGUCAUACAGGCGUUCUCCCCGGAUCCGUGGGGCAGUCCCAUCGAACAUCCUGGCGACCCGACCUUCGCAUUCUACAGCCGUAUCGCGCGUACAGUUGAGCUGUCUGUUCAGGACGAGCCACCAGCAGACUCCGCACCGCAAUGGCCGAGCCGGCUGUUCCACUUCCGCUACGGCGUGAGCACCGAAAACCUUAGCAAUGUGCCCUUCGACGAUAAGUGCGACCUCUCCGUCGUCAAGGUCGACGUGCGCGGGACCGAGGACGCGAACGACCUCAUCACCUGCCUCUCAUCCGAGCUGAACCUCAGAGGCGCCGCGACACCCCCGACGAAGCAACGCGUGAUCUUCGAGCCCUCGGAGAUCGUAGCCUUCCAGCUCGUGCGCGAGAAUAUGCUGCCGUCGUACGAGACAUCCAUCGGUGCGAGGACGGAGCGCACGACGUUCAAAUAUCCGAAACACGUGUAUCUGGACCAGUUCCUUGCACAGAACCUGGAACUGGGGAACCGGCUAGGGGAGAAACAGCAGAGACUCAUGAAGGAAAUCGAGGAGCUAACGGCGAAGAAACUCACCCUGACCCGUCACAAGGACAGGGACACGCUUCUGGACUUGCGUGCAUCUUUACACUACUACGAGAAUGUUGCUGAAGAUGAUGGCGACGCGACCCGCAAAGAUACCAUACAAGAAAUGGCCCUCAAGCUUCGCAAGACCCUCACUCGCAUCGAGAAUGAGCUACAGAGCAUCGACGCUUCCAUCACGAAGUUGAAAGACAAGGCCGCGAAUCUUUUUAAUAGACCGGAGCUGCAACAACACAGGUACGACCUGAGGGUCGUCCUGGUCCAUGACGGUUUGUACGGAAGGAAGCACCUAUACUCCUACGUCAAAGAAAAGGGGAUGUGGUGGAAGACGCAAGACUACAUCGUCACUGAGGUACCCGAGGAGACGGUCCUGAACGACAUUGUAGGCCUGCACCUCGGCGCCGGCCCAUACUUCCUUAUCUACAGUCGUGCACUGACAGAAGAGGAGGAGAAUACGCGGGCGCAAUGGCUCGAGGGCGUUAAGAACAACGUGAAACAUAAUAACCAAAUGUUCCUCUCGCAACUUCCAUCACAGCUCGCGUCGCAAGUGCAGGACCCCAACUCACCGCCCACAACCCCAUACCGCUCGCAAGCUCCAUCGGAAUACACGAUAUCUUCUGGGACGGUUGAGCCGCCUGAGUCCAGAGAAGAGCCCAUGGACGUAGAUACUUGAGGCUUGUACGUAGCGAUACGACGAUGAGUGAUUCGGAGUCUACAUCGAGACGAAUAUUACCGCAGGCGCAUGUGAGUUCGCCUUGAGCAGCCACCGAAUUGUCAUGUCCCGGUCAAC